UUAAUACAUAUUUAGUUGAAAUUUGUUAUGCACAUGAUAUAGACAAGUGCCAGUUCUGGAAGCCUUGUCAUAGAAGUAUCUCGCGUAUAUAGAGGUCUACGUCUGUCAUAUACCUCCAAGAUUUAACCCGUUGUUAGUAGAGGUGCACAAAGGUGCACGCAAGUACGCGCUAACUAACGCCAGCUUAUAGUUUUGAAUAUCUCCUGUGCUGUGUAUAUAGCAUCCAACUCGAUAAUAAGCAAAACAAACAUAGCACGGCAUAGUAGAAUAUUGAUUGGCAAAUCUCUAUCAAUAUACAUACCUAAUUAACCACAACUACCGCAAAGAUGGAUAAUCUUUUCAACAAAGCGAUGAACUACAUGCAGCCCACGACUGGUGGCUCGGGUGAAGGUGUCUCCAACGACUUUGUAGGGCGUGUGGUGACUGUACAAGGUGCCAAAUAUAAGGUCAUGAAGCAAAUAGCGGAAGG